UCAUCACUUUCCUCCAAGCGUGAAAUGCGGGCAAGUUGAGACAUAUUAGUAGUUGCCGCUGCAUAUUCAAGGGGUCAACAGUGCCAUUGGGCAAAGGCGAACAGCGUCGUUGAUUGUGUCAUAAGUGGGAUGGUGAACGCCGUCUUUGGCAUCCGAACCAAAAACGUCUGCACUUCCUCAUACGCUCGCUCAGCGCACAAACGGAGCACACGGGAAUCCUGUCAUCUGAUGCGUGACUAAACAUGGGCACAAAAAUGAAUUUGCUCGUGUUUGCCACGACGCUUCUCUGCGUGGUGCAGCUGCCGCAAGCUUCUACGCAAAACUUGGACAAUCCAUACUGUUCGUACGACGACCAUCAACAAACUGCUGACUGCUCAGACCGUGACUUCACGGCCGUGCCUCAGGGACUGCCGGCCACCGUCACCGUCCUAGACUUGUCUCACAAUCGGAUCGGUGCGAUUCGACUCGGAGAUUUCUCCAGCACUCCCAAGCUCGAGGUUCUCAUCCUGGCUUUCAACCGAAUUGGCACGAUCGAAGCAGGUGCGCUGAGAGAUGUUCCCCUGGUCCGCUACCUUGACCUUUACCAGAACGAGCUGCCUGCAGUACCUGAGGGGGCUCUGAUUGACCUUCCUAACCUGCAGACCCUCAACAUCUCCAUGAACAACUACACCUCCUUUGCCCUUGGCGGAGCCUUCUCCAGAAUGAGUCGGCUGCAGUCACUCUCCAUCGGCACAUCCCACACGUCAGAGCUGAAAGCUGCUGACUUGCAAGCCCUCUCAAAUAUUUCAUUGACAUAUUUGGGCCUGAACACUGGCUCUCCGUUAUUACGUUACGAAUCUGGAUCCCUCGUCUAUUUCCGAUCACUGAAAACGUUCUUCAUGAAUUUUUCUGUGGACGGAAAUCCGUCCAUUUUUUCCAAAGUCCUUAUAGAUCUGAAUACAUCUCAAACUACACAAUUGGAAACAUAUCAAAUAUUGAUCGAGCCCUUAAAAAACCGCAGUUUUGAAUUGUUUCACGGUCUUAGCUAUUGUCAGUCACUGAGAGAGAUCAUCAUUGUCAAUGCUAAUUUCUCAGACAGUGAAGCCACAAACUUCAUCAAAAACAUGUAUCUGUCAAACCUGAAAAUGGUUGUGUUCACAAAUUCUUCCUAUAAUGACAAAGGGCCUGUUGUGUUCCUUGGGAUUAAGGGAGUCAACAAAACUGCCCCUUUAAAAAGGCUGGUGAUCGAUGGGGUAUUUCAUCUGAAUAUGACUUACCCUUUAUUUCUUAUUAAUUUCACCCUGUUUCCCAAUCUUACUGAGUUCAAAAUCUCCAACACAGGCAUGAAUAAAGUAGCCUGUUUGUUUUUGAAAAUUGCAGCAAUUACAUGGCUCGACUUUUCCCGAAAUCUUUUAGAUGAAACAGGCCUGUGGUGGGAAUCGUGUAAUUACACCGUUAUCCUACCCAAUGCUGAAUAUAUGGAUAUAAGUCACAAUCACUUCAGGCACCUAAAGAUAAUAUCCAGCAUGGUUUCCCUAAUGCCCAAAAUCAAGUCUUUAGACCUUAGUUAUAAUUAUAUCAACGACAUCUAUGAGUGUUCAUGGCCUAAUACUCUUCAAAAACUUAACCUACGUAAUAAUGACAUCACCAAAAGUUCAAAAAUCUGCACUUCAAAGUAUUUGCAAGCACUCGAUCUCUCCUACACCAGGCUUGAAACAUUCCCUUACAAUAUCCUCGCAGAAGCAACAUCGUUGAAAGAACUUUACCUCAGUGGGAACAACAUCCGACACAUCAAUCCACAGAUAGGCUCCGCGUCUCUACAAGUUUUGUACAUGGACGACAAUGCCCUGGGCAUCAUUAGAAAAGGUACGUUUGAAAAUCUCCAGGCCGCGAGGUCUCUCAAUUUGAAAAAUAAUCCCUUCUACUGCUUUUGCGAUCUCUACUGGUUUCGAAAAAAAUUCAACAAGUCGCUGCUGAUGGACUGGCCAAACGGUUACACGUGCAGUUACCCCGAUUACCUUGCAGACAGCCCACUGGAGGUUUUCAGCCCAAGCUACGUCGCAUGUGACAGGAACAUCAUCAUCAUUCUUAGCGUCGUCAUCACGGCAUGCGUGAUUGGCAUCACUGCAGGGCUCAGCUACCACCUUGACGCCGUAUGGUACAUACGCAUGGGCUGGAUAUGGGUUUCAGCAAAGAGACGGCGUUAUAAUAGGCUGAACGACGGUGAGACCUCAACGUUCCAGUACCACGCGUUCAUCUCCUACAGCCAGCUGGACUCGGAUUGGGUGGAGAACACCCUGGUGCCCACCUUAGAGAGCUCCAACCCCGACCUCAAGCUGUGCAUCCACGAGCGAGACUUCACGCCCGGAGAGUGGAUCGUGGACAACAUCAUCCAGUGCAUCGAGCAUUCCAACAAGACCCUGUUCAUCCUCUCGCGGAACUUUGUCAACAGCGAGUGGUGCCACUACGAGCUCUACUUUGCGCAGCAUCGGGUUCUGGAGCAGCGGCAGGACUCGCUGGUGCUGCUGCUGCUGGAGCCGCUGCCCAGGAAUUCCGUGCCGAGCAAGUUCUGCCGGCUUCGGAAGCUGCUCAACAGGAAGACUUACCUGGAGUGGCCAGCCGAGGAGGGCAAGCGGUCAAUGUUCUGGGCCAGCCUCCGGGCUUUGCUGCAGUCGGACAACCGUCCGCUCGAAUCUAGCCCUGACCCCGAUGCUUAGCUUUCAAAUGGUGUGGAGGA